AUGCCGGCUUCUGCCCACUCCCAAGAUGAACCUAUGCCGGACGUUGCGCCACAAUCUCAAGAGCAAGAGCAAAUGGAGGACGAGGAUGAUAUGAUUGAACUUGAUGGACUGCGAAUUAGCAUUUUACCUGGGGCCGAAGAGACAGCCGCAUCGUUUCAGUUCGAUAAAGAAGACCAUACACUUGGUAACGCACUAAGAUAUGUGAUCAUGAAAAAUCCCGAAGUCGAAUUCUGCGGAUACACAAUGCCACAUCCGUCAGAAGCUAAAAUGAACUUGCGCAUUCAGACAUUUGACACUACAAACGUCUUUUCUGUCCUAGAAAAAGGACUUGAUGACCUCAUGAAUCUGUGUGACACGGUAACGGAAACUUUUAUCGAGGCAAAGAACGCUUUUGGGGAGAUUCAGAGCCAAUGA